AUUCGAGCUUGUUGAAAAAGAAUUAAGAAAAUUGGUUUAUGAAAUUUCUUUUCCUAACAAUAUAAAUAAACUUGAAAAUUUUAUAUUGUCUAAACUUAUUAAUCCGGAAACAACAAAUGAACAAAUUAUUGAAUUGAGAAAAUUUUAUCAUGAAAUUCGAAACAUUCACGAAUUUCAAAAUUAUCAAGAACAUUUUAAAAAUACUGAAAAUAAAUCUGUGCCUGGUUUUUCAUUGACUGAAAAAUCUUCAACUCUACCAGAUUGUAACAAAUGUGAUGAUGAUGUGCCUAAUUUUUCAUCGAUUGAAAAAUCUUUAACUCUAUCCAAUUGUAACAAUAAUCAACAAGAAAAGCAAUCUAAAGUAAAUAAUCCUGUAAAUAAAACAUCUCGUGAGAAAAAAAGGAAGCCGAAUGCUAAAAGCUCAUCAUCAAAUAAUCGAAGAAGAAAUGUCAAGAACAACCUUCCUGGAAUAAUCAAAAUUUAUCCUAAAACAAUAAAAGGCUGUUACGAGAUGGAUAAAUUUGAUUCUAAUGAUAAUACUUGGUACAAUUCCACUUCUUCUUCUGUUAUUCAUUCUUUAUUCAAUAUUGACUUUCCUUUGAAAGAUAAUAUUUUACUUGACACACAACAACAACAUUUCUAUUCAAAUGACUCUACAACAUUCGGUUUUAAUCAUUAUGAGAACUCAUUUUUAUAUUAUCCCAUGUAA